AUGUCCCUGAACAUUCAAGAACAACAGAAGAAUAGUGCCAUUAGUAUGCUAAAUUUAAACGAGUAUAAUGAAAAUAACAGAGGCAAUAUAUUGUACUACUCACAUGACAAGAUAUGGAAAAUAUUAAUAUAUGAUAAAGAAGGACAGAAUAUUUUAGCCCCCUUAUUAAAAGUAGGAAAUUUAAGACAUCAUGGUGUAACAUUAAAUAUGAAUAUUCAGAAAGAAAGAAAUUCGAUUCCAGAAGUGAAUGCUGUUUAUUUAAUUGAUAAUAAUAAAGAAAAUAUUGAUAAAGUUAUUGAAGACAUGGUAAAAAAUAUGUAUGGUAGUUAUUAUAUAAAUUUUUUAUCUUAUGUUAGUCAAGAAAAUUUUGAAUAUUUUGCAAGUGAAUGUGUAAAAAAUAAUAUUGUAUCUUAUAUAUCCAAAAUUACAGAUAGAUAUAUUAAAUUUAUUAGUUUAUCAAGUAGUACCUUUUCUUUAAAUAUUCCAUAUUGUUUUAAGAUAUUACAUGAAACAAAUGAUGAAUUAAUACAAAAUGUUAUGAAUAAAAUUACAGAAGGUUUAAUCUCAUUUUUAGUUACAUUAGGUGUUGUACCUAUUAUUAGGGUUUCUUCAAAUUCAUCUAACCCUUCAAAAAUGAUAGCUCAUAAAUUACAUGAAAAAAUUUAUGAACUAUUAAAUAUGAGAUAUACUAAUAAUUAUGUAUUUAAUUCAAAGAAUGUGCAGAGACCAUUACUUAUAUUAGCAGAUAGAGAAAUUGACUUGAGUGUUAUGAUUCAACAUGCGUGGACAUAUCAAGCUUUAAUUCAUGAUGUGUUUGAUAUUAAAUUAAAUAAAAUAAAUAUACAAACUGUUAAUAAUAAUAAUAAUAAUAAUACAAAUCAUAUGAAUAGUUCUUAUUUUAAUAAGAAGGAUACAAAUAAUUGUAUUAUAAAAUCAUAUGAUAUUGAUACAAAUGAUACUUUUUUUCAAAAUAAUUGUCAUAAGCCUUUUCCUGAUGUGGCAAAUAAUAUUAGUGAAUGUUUAAACAGUUAUAAUGAAAAGAUGAAAAAUAUUAAUAAAAAUGAACAUACAAAUAAUAUAAAUAGUAAUAAUAAUAAUAAUAAUAAUAUUACGGGGGGACUUAUGAAUGCUAUGAAUAUACUACCAGAAAUGACAGAACAUAAAAGACUUUUAGAUAUGCAUACAAAUAUAUUAACAGAAUUAAUUAAAGAAAUAAAAGAAAGAGAAUUAGACAAAUAUUAUGAAAAUGAAUUUGAUUUUGAAUGUUUAAAUGAUAAGACUUGUAUACAAUAUAUGAAUAAUAUUUUAAAUUCUUCAAAAGGAAAUGCUAUGGAUAAAUAUCGUGCAUUUCUAUGUUUAUAUUUAGCAAAAAAAAAAAAUUUGAAUAUACAAACUAUUGAUACAUUUAUAAAUCAAUUAAAAAAUUUACAAAUAGAUACAUCUUCAAUACAAUUUAUUAAACAAUUAGAUAAAUAUAAAUCUAUGAAUAUAAAUAUAAAUGUAACUAAUACAACAUCAUUAAAUCAUUCUAAUAGUACUACAUUUAAACAACAAUUAAAUACUUAUAGUAAUAUAUUUAUUGAUAAAGGAUAUAAUAUCUUACAAGGAGCAAAAAAUUUACUACCCAAAAGAAGAGAAAUCAAAAUUACUAAACUUGUUGAAACAUUACUAGAAAAUAAACCUUCUGCAUUAAAUGAUCAAUUUAUUUAUAUAGACCCUAAAACACCACCAACUGCUAAUAAAAAUGAAAAAAUAUAUAUUAAACAAGAAAAUAUUAAAGAAUGUAUUAUAUUUCUUAUCGGAGGAGGAAAUUAUAUAGAGGUCUCGGCUCUAAAUGAUCUCGAAGAUAAAUUAAACAAAAAAAUUAUUUAUGGUACCACAGAUUUUGUUAGACCAGAAAAUUUUGUUCAAGAGUUAAAUCAAAUAGGUGCUUCACUUAUGUAG